AUGUGCCACCUUCUUGAGCGUAUUGAACACAAGGCUUGCUGGGCAGUCAAAGAAAUGAACAUGCAACCUCAACUUUGUGCUGAGGAAAGGAAACUCCAACUGCAGGAGUUGGAAGAAAUCAGACUGGAAUUGUACGAUGCAGCCACGUGGUAUAAGGAAAAAACUAAGUUGUGGCAUGACAAGAACCUGCGGGUGAAGGAGUUGCAAGACAAACAAAGAGUUCUGUUGUUCCAAUCAAGACUGAAAUUGAUACCUGGGAAGUUGAAAUCGAAGGUGCGCACCAUCAUUGCCCUAAGAGUGAAUGGAGCAGUGGAGCUUCACGGAAGUGGCCCAAACUCUGAUCCUUUUCUGGUAAAUGGUCACCGUGUGAAACCUUUUAGGGAUAACGCGGAGGUGCGCAUAGUGGAAGAAAUUCCAAUGCGCACACCUGGUGUUCUCGCCUAA